GGCGGGCGGCGGGCAGAGCUGAGAGGAGCGGAGCCGAGCGGACGCCGCCACCUGAUCCCAUCCAGGCGCGGAGACGAAAGCGACCGGCACUCGGCGCGCAGGGCCCCCGGCGCCCUCGCAUCCGCAGCGGAUUUCGGGACAAGGGUUCGGAGGUAGCGGCGACCGGCGACCACCCCGGCAGAGCCCGCGCGCCGCCUCUCAGGAACACUGGCCCUGCUGCCAGAGCCCCAGGAGCCCCCAUGACUGCCGGCGAAGGGAGUCCUGGAUAGCGAGGCCCUGGCUGGUCCAGGGGUGGGUACCGCAUCAUGCCACCCAUCCUCCAGCGCCUGCAGCAGGCCACCAAGAUGAUCAGCCGCAGGAAAAUCCUGCUGUUGGUGCUAGGGUGCAGCACCUUAAGCCUCCUCAUCCACCAGGGGGCGCAGCUCAGCUGGUACCCCAAGCUGUUCCCUCUGAGCUGCCCUCCUCUGCGGGACUCUCCACCGCGCCCCAAGCACAUGACCGUGGCCUUCCUGAAGACGCACAAGACGGCGGGCACGACGGUGCAGAACAUCCUUUUCCGCUUCGCCGAGCGCCACAACCUGACGGUGGCCCUGCCGCAUCCGAGCUGCGAGCACCAGUUCUGCUACCCACGCAACUUCUCGGCGCACUUCGUGCACCCGGCCACGCGGCCGCCGCACGUGCUGGCCAGCCACCUGCGCUUCGACCGCGCCGAGCUCGCGCGCCUCAUGCCGCCGGGCACCGUCUAUGUCACCAUCCUGCGCGAGCCGGCCGCCAUGUUCGAGUCGCUCUUCAGCUACUACAACCAGUACUGCCCGGCCUUCCGGCGCGUGCCCAACGCGUCGCUCGAGGCCUUCCUGCGCGCGCCCGAGGCCUACUACCGCGCGGGCGAGCACUUCGCCAUGUUCGCGCACAACACGCUGGCCUACGACCUGGGCGGCGACAACGAGCGCAGCCCGCGCGACGACGCCGCCUACCUGGCGGGCCUGAUCCGCCAGGUGGAGGAGGUCUUCUCACUGGUCAUGAUCGCCGAGUACUUCGACGAGUCGCUCGUGCUGCUGCGGCGCCUGCUGGCCUGGGACCUGGACGACGUGCUCUACGCCAAGCUCAACGCGCGCGCCGCCAGCUCGCGCCUGGCCGCCAUCCCCGCGGCGCUGGCCCGCGCGGCGCGCGCCUGGAACGCGCUCGACGCCGGCCUCUACGACCACUUCAACGCCACCUUCUGGCGCCGCGUGGCCCGCGCCGGCCGCGCCUGCGUGGAGCGCGAGGCGCGCGAGCUGCGCGAGGCACGCGAGCGCCUGCUGCGCCGCUGCUUCGGCGACGAGCCCGUGCUGCGGCCCGCCGCGCAGAUCCGCACCAAGCAGCUGCAGCCGUGGCAGCCCAGCCGCAAGGUGGACAUCAUGGGCUACGACCUGCCCAGCGGCGGCGCCGGCCCGGCCACCGAGGCUUGCCUCAAGCUGGCCAUGCCCGAGGUGCAGUACUCGAACUACCUGCUGCGCAAGCAGAAGCGCCGGGGCGGCGUGCGCGCCCGUCCCGAACCGGUCCUGGACAAUCCCCCGCCUCGGCCCAUCCGGGCACUGCCGCGCGGCCCCCAGGGCCACUGAGCUGCGGGAGUCUGGGCCCUACCCCGCCCGCCCGAGUCUUGCCCAGGGCUGCCUCCAGGCCCGGCCCCAUCAGGGCCCUUUCCUUCCCAGGAGCUUGAGCCCCGCGCCCUACUUGGGGGUGCAUCUCCGUAUCUGAGCCCGCCUCCGGGGAGGGUGCCGAUAGGCCCGAUCGAGCCCCGGGCCGCCCUCUCUUCCUUCCUAAUUGGUUAGUGACUUUGACAAGAGGUCUGAGGCUCGUCCAGAACUGCCCAUCCUGCCUUUUUCUGGAGGUUGAGCCCUCCUCCUGGCUUUUCCAAGUGGAUGAGCCCAGGCCACAGAGAGGAGCUGAGCCCUGGGGAAAGGCCGCUCUGCCUGUGAGCCUUCCCGGUCUCUUGCUCCUCCUCCCAGGGAUCAGAGGCCUCCACGCCGUCUGUCUUCCAGGUUCCACCCUACCCACAGACCUAAGCUGCUCCCACACUCCCAGAACCGAGAGUUCUUGAGUUGGGCUUUUUGUUUGUUUGGUUUUUCUUUUUUUAAUAAAAUGUCUUUAAAAUGU